GCUGAUGUAACACCAACAAAGCCAAGAGAAUCCCUUGAAGUUCUGAGUGCCUCAGAGCACCACAUGGCAAGUGCCACAGGUCAUCUGUAAUCUGCAAGGUAUGAUGGAUUGAAAAAGCAAUGCCAUUUUCCGCUCCUAUUUAGGAAACAUUAUACUAAGAAAUAAAAUCUCACAAGACUGUAUUCCAGAAAAAUAUUUAUUGCCAUGCAACAAUGGAUGUAUCAAUUCACUAAACAAUUUUACAAGUUCAAAUAUGAACUCAUUUUAGGAAGUCCUCUGGAAUGAACAAAUCAUAAGGUUUUCUAGAAAAACUGAUUUUUUCUAUAUUAUACACAGUAAACAUAAUUAUAUUUUAUAUAACUCUAUUGAAAAAGCAGUGAGAAAUUAAACAGGCUAUAUUUUAUUUUCUCAAAACCCUAAAACUUGGAGAUCAUUCAUCCAUCUGAUCAAGUCAGACUUAUUAGGCUGAUCCCCAGACACAGUGAUUCCCUCUUCCUUGGUGCUGACACCAAACAGGAUAGUGUUCCCAGGCCCCCCUGGAGCUAUGUUCUAAAGAGAGAGACAUUAAUAGAUAAUGACUGGGAAGAGAACACAUAAAUACCUUUUAAAAAAUUAACAAACCUCGAUUUCCUUGGACACAUGAGCAAUAAGAAAAAACCCAAUAUCUUUUUAGGAAAUACCUCUAAAAAUUCCUUAGUCAUGACUUGCUUCCGGCUUCACACUCCAUGACAAGGGGCACUAUUUUCUUGUGAUGUUGAGAAGUGUCCACCCUGGCCAAAGUUCCUAGCCACUGACAGCCCUUCACAUUUAGCAUUUUCAGUCACUCUCAUCAGGCUCUCUUAACCAAGGGCUGCAUUUCCAAAAGAACAAGACCCUUGCCAACAAACUUGAAAUUCAGCAGUCCCACAGAAGGGGGACUAAAGGAGCUGUUACUUUCCCACUAUUUCCAGAACAGGUCUGUGUCACACUGUUUACAUCAUGCAUCAUUCAUCUGCUGUGAUGAAAUGCAACCCCGUGUUUUAAAAAAAGACUUCUGCAACAGUGAGGAUACUCUAUCUUUGUGAGAAGCAUGUCACAUAUUUUCCAUAGGCAUCAACUGCUCCUGCUUCUAUUUAAAUCUGUGUGGCCCUCUUCAGAGGGCAUUAUUCCCUCCAGGAAGCCCAUUCAGAAGGUGCUGAGCAGAAGGAGGGGAGAAGCCAGGAUGGCAGCAGACAGCAGUAUGGCUCCCGAAGAAAAGCCGAGCGCAGCUCCUGUGAGAAGGGCUGUCCACAAGAUCCGGAUGGCCAGCCAGGUCUUCAGCUUGGCUCGAGGCUGGCAGCAGUGGGCAUCUGACCACCAUGGAAAGCAAGAGCAAGAGCCCUCUGGAUGGGUCCCCACUGCAGAAAGCUCAUCAGCUCAGCCUGUACAAGAAAGUUCCUUUGAAAAAUGGCAAAUUCCAUCCGUCAAGAGGGACCAAGAAAAAGAUGAUGAAAAAUCCUUAGCAAAGGAUUCAGUGACAAUAAGAGAUGCUGAAAAAAAAUCAAGGGAAUCAGACGAAGAUCUCAAAACGUUCAGCAUUAAAAGCAAAGAGGUGACCAAAACAGUUGUCAGCAAAGCCUAUGAACGAGGAGGCGAUGUCAGCCUCCUCAGUGAAAGAUACGAAAAUAACAACAGCAGCUCCGAGAUGACCAAACUCAAAGAAGAAUCAAAUGCUAUUGACAAAAUUCUUAGCAACAAAUUACCUUCAACCAUAAGGAGGAAGUGUUCAAAUGUAGUGUCAGAGAUGACCAAGGGCUGGGAGAAGAUGGAAGACGAGAACAAAGAUGGGGCCAAGAGAGAGCUGCUGCUGAAGUGCCGUGAUGACAGCCUGGAUGCCCAGGACAGUGGCUAUGGGGAAGCAGAGGACAAGCUCGAGCAGGAGGACAGUGACCAGGAGGUGACAGCUGUGAGGAUUAAACGCCCUGUCCCAUCUCUCGCCAGCCGGCUGAGCGAGGAGGCGCGGAGCAAGGCGCGCAGGAAAAGCAGCGCCGUGCACAGCCUCAAGGACAGGUGGCAGGAAUGGGCUGACCAGCACAUCAUAACGCAGAAGCUGAACCCCUUCAGCGAGGAGUUUGACCACGAGCUGGCCAUGUCCACGCGCCUGCACAAAGGGGAUGAAGGGUACGGCCGCCCAAAGGAAGGCACCAAAACUGCUGAGAGAGCCAAGCGAGCUGAGGCGCACAUCCACCGGGAGAUCAGGGACUUGUGCUUCAUCAUUGAGUCCAUGGCCAAGCCGCGGCCCGACGGCAAGAUCCAAGUCACUUUUGGGGAACUCUUCGACAGAUACGUUCGUAUUUCAGAUAAGGUUGUUGGGAUUCUCAUGAGAGCCAGGAAACAUGGGCUGGUGGACUUUGAAGGAGAAAUGUUAUGGCAAGGAAGAGAUGAUAAUGUCAUCAUUACUUUAUUAAAAUAAGUUAGGCUAUAAUCAGAACAACUUUGGAAAAGUUUUCUCCUCUUCUCCCUUGCCAUUAGCAUUUGCACAUUUUGAACAUAAGGUUCCCUUGUUCACCACAUAGAAAAGUGUAUUUUUUGAAAUAUGUAUUUUAUAACAAGUGCAUGAAAACCCAAACACCCAAAUGGACUUCAUUUUGUACCAGAAGUGCUUUCAGGACAAUUAAGUUAAUUACUACAUUAAAAAUAAGGAGAAAAAGCUAUAUGGAAUAUAAGCAGCUGAUGAUAAAAGUCCAUAGCAAUAUAAAUAGCUACAGGAAUAGGAAACAUACCAGAUCAGAAGCUAAAUAACAAAAUAAACUCAGACAAAGGUUUUGAUCUGAAAAAUGCUCUUGUGCAUGCACUUUCUAAUUAAUUGAUUUAAAUACCAGUAAAAUUACCUUAUUUUAAUACAGAAUCAAAGAUACAUUUUUUUUCUUUUCAAGCACAAUAUGUAACUAUCACUGCAGUAUUCUCUUGUUGAUACAACUGUUGACACAGCUUUCUCUUACAUGUCACAUAAAAAAAACCUUUUUAUAAAUGGGGUUUUAUAUAUUUAUUGUAUUUAUAUAACUAAUUUUUUAGAUUAUUUCAUAUGUAAACUUAUGGAGUUUGGAAUGUAAUGAAUAAAAAUGUUUUGAUUAGAUAGCUACCUAAAAAAUACCUUCUAUGUAAUGUUGUGCAAUGUCUUAUCUGAUUAUCUAUGCUGAUACUGUUCUUAUAAAUACAGGAAAAAAGAAUAUGUAACAUAUAAAAACUAGCCAGGUACUUGUACUUUUGUAUACAGCAGAAAAGUGACUAACAUCUUCAUAUUCCAUUGAAAUGUACCUCUGUGAAAAAAGAGAAACAGCAUUCAUAACUUUGAGGAAAAUGUUGUUCCACAUUACACAGAAAUACUGACCUAAUUUUACAGUAUUUGCCAUUCCAAUGUCACUAAAAUAAUGUAUUUCAGUCCAGGUGAUGCUAGAGAGGACUAGGUGCUAAUGAACUAAUAGUUUUAGGACUUAAAAUUGUAUUAUUCACAAAUCUGAGAUCUCUGUAAGGUCUCUGCUACUUGCUGAAUUAGAGAUCAGUUUGUCUACCAUUGUAAAAAUAGCUAUCCUGGUAAAAUGUGUGUACUUCACAGGAAAAGCAUUUGUUUCAGAGCAGAUGCUUGGGCAAGUAAUGAAAAAGAAGUGGUUUUUUCCCCCUUAAUAUUCUUUCAAACUGAAAACACAAAUAUCUUCUUAGAGAAGUAGAGGUGUACCAAUAUCUUGUCUCUGAAAAAAUAAAUAUUGCUGUCUUAUUAUGAGUACAGGUACUCCAGUUUGAAGCACUGUUAUAUAAAUAAAUCAAAUAUUUUAUAACUCAAUGAUACAAGAACUGACUACAUCUCUUCUAAAUCUAUGUAAAUCAUUAAUACUUAGGCAUAGUUAUAUUAUAUGACUCUACAGAAGAAAAAAUUGUAAGAUGGAAUCAUUGGAGAUUAUUUAAUGUUUUCCUGACAUCUCUUAGACUACUCAAGCUGACCUAAAAAACUGAUGUCUUAGUGUAAUACUUACAUAUAAUAAUUUUUACCUGCAUAUUCUUGCCUUAUCCUUUACAUCUUUAUAUAAAGACCUUUUAUAGCUGUCUAAAUUGUCUUGAUAAAAUUUUGUUGUCAAAGGAAUACAUGAACUCCUUAAUUAUUUCUUGGGUUAUUCUCCCACACACCAGGAAACAAAUACAUGUGCACAUUCAAUGAAGUAAAAUAUCAGUAAGUUGCUUCAAAAUACAAGCAUACAUAUAUUCUCCUUUUCAUAGGCUGUUAAAAUAGUUCCCCUGAAGGUUUCUCUGUCCAAAGCACCAGAAAAAGAUUUCAGAGUACAUGGCAACAGACCUUAUACAAAACACCUGCACAAAAACUACACACUAAAGGCAUGUAAGUGUUAAGUGAAUUAAGCUCAUCGAUUGGUAGCUCACUGCAGGUAAUUUAAGCCUCCUAUUCAGUCAUCCCAGCGUUAAAAUCUACACAAAAUAAACCAAACCCCUAACUUUAUCCUAUGCUUCCCCUCAAACUAUUUUAUUUCCAAUCAGAUGAGAAAAUCACAGGACAUAACUAGUAUUUUUUCUCAUAGUACCCUCCACUAUUUACCUUUUUGUAGGCAGUAUCAUGCAAAAUUUCUGAAAUAAUUUACCAUUUUUGUCAAAAAGAAAUAUUUAAUGUUGAUAUAAGUAAUGGUGCUUGGAAGCAUUUCAUGUAGGUUAUAUGCUUUACAGCAUUUUUUACAUUAGGUUGUGUGACAAAUUUAUCCAUGGUGUGGAAGGUAAUAAAUCUGACCUCAGCAAAAAACAAAACCACCCUAAUUACCCACCCUAACUCUCCUACUAUACUGUGUUACAUUUUUGUGAAACUAGCACAACCUCUGCCAAAAUUAAAUAUUUUAAUUUUAAAAUAUUUUCAUUUUAAAUAUUGAAAUAGUUAAUAUUUAAAUUUUAAAUAUUAAGCAGGUCAAAACCUGCUUGAUUAAAGUAGUCUCUGUAAAUUUUUAUUUAAGUCCUGCUUUCCUAAUUCUGACCUGCUUUGAAAAUAAAACCUUUAACCUUUGAGACAAUGAGCAACUCUCAGCUACUCUCAUGAUAGCUUAUAGUUGCACUUUCUUUCCUAAAUACUGUAUUCACUCCCACAAUGUUUUACUUGAAACAGGUCCUGCACUCUCCUGUCUGAAGCUAGUGCUGGUUUUGCACAUCCUUGGUAGUGAAAAAAUUCUAUCUUCUUCUGUAGCAACUUAGAUACAUUUUUCAUAUUCUAAUACAAAGUUUAAGUGGCAGCAUGAAACUUGUAUCAGAAGAAAUAAAUUUGACUUUUACACCUUUGCAUUUUUCCAAGUCUUACCACAGUGGCUUGAAGUGAGUGGAAGGUUCAUUGGACAUAUACCCCACCCAGCAGAAAUCAGCUCCCUCCUCCACAGCAAUAAUUCCUUCUUUACAAAUGUUUCUGUACAAGCAAGGUUCAGUAAUACAGCUCAUUUUUAAAGCAGGGAAAGGCUAUUGAAAUAAAAUGAGCUGUAGGGAAGAGCCUACUCUUCAUGGUGAUAUGUUCAAUCAUCACUCAUCAGAGAACAGAUAACGGCAGGCCCUCCUCCCACAGCCAUUUCAGCUGCUAUGUACACAUUGCACUGCCCCAACAUCUCAACUAAAGCCACUGCUGACACCUCAGGGCACGAAGCAGUUCAGCAUUUAACAGCACAUGUUAUUAGUGCAAUUAUCACAGGAGAAAACGAACUAUGAUUACACAGCUGGUAAGGUAAGCAGGACAGCAGAAAACAGAGCUGGCGCUGGCACUUGUGCAGAGACAGCCAGCAGGACUGGCUUGCACACACUGCCAAGUACACCAUUCCCUCAGCUGGACAACUCCUCUCUCUGCUACAGAAGCACAGCGUAGCUCUCUACCACUGCAGUAGAACGUACUCUUUAAGAGGAGAAAGAGGAGUUUUUUUCCCUUAAUUGAGCUCCAAAUGGCAAUGACAACAGCAAAAUACCCUGAUGACACUUGCUGUUUUAUGAAGGGAGAACAUAUCAGUGUGAUUUAAGAUGCAAAUACUGAAUGAAGAAUACAAGAUUAUUUUUUAUUUGAAGUCAAAGGAAUAGUCAAUGUUCUUACUCAUCUUCCAAGAGCAAAUUUUAUGCAUACAUUCUAAUUCCCAUACAAAAAAUUAACUCUAAUGCAAUAUAAACAGGUGAGGAGGAAGAUGCAAGCACAAGCCCUAAGCCAUAAAUUAUGACCUUUCUGCAGAUUACACAAAAACAGUAACUAACAGAGAUAGGAUUUAGAGCCAAAAGGUGUUAAUUGAAAAAUUCCAUGUUUGGAUCCCAGGUACCCAAAUAAAAAAUCAAGUUACUCAAUGAAUCCAUCUAAGUACUGGAUGCUGAGACACGCUCUUCUGGCAGUCAGCUCCAGAUAACGGGUCUCAUAAGCCUUCAGGGAAUGUCAAACUUUCAAUGCUUUACAAUCACAGAAGCAAACCUUUCCAAGAAAGAUGGAAAGGAAUUCUACUGCAGAAAAAGGAUAAUGAACUGAAGGCAGAAGGGACAUCAAGAAUGUGCUUCUAUGUGUGUCAUACAGAAAUUAACUAUACCUCUGAUGAUAAAAUUCAUGGUCUUGCCUAAAAAGACAUGCACUACUUUCUCUAGAUCCUUUACACAGUCAGUUGCUUCACCAAGUAUUAUUGCUACAGUCACUUCUGCUUUAAAUCAAAUGUUCUUCUAUUUCUUAACCAAUUUAGUAUUUCAUAAGCAUGAUUGCUCACGUAUUGCUAACUAAACAUUAUCCUUUAUUUCUACUUUUUUGUUUCCUAUUUGCUUUCCCAAGACUGCUCCAAUACCUGGCAACAUUCAGCUACUGAAGACUUUUGUGUGCUUUCAUUUAAUUAUUGAAAUUAUACUUAUUUAUAAAUUUCUUCACACCACUCUCUAAAAAAGUAAAAUAUGCGUUAUUUGCAAUAUGAAAUUAGGAUAGAGACCAUGCAGUUGAAUUAACGCUUUUAUCAGCAAGGAUGAUCUGAGACUUUUCUUUUUCCCUCUCCUUCUUCAAAAUGGUUGAAGACAAUUUAUUUCAUUCCCUUAAAAAGCCCCAGAAAUGCCAAAAAAUAUAAGAAAAUGCAUCCUAUACAUUCAGUUGUUAAAUGAACAGCAAAAGCCAGCAUUUGUGCUUCUACGUAAACUUGACCUUUUAAAAAAACUCCAACUCAAGUUUAUUUUUACAUAUAUUUAGAUUUAUUUGCUAUACAUCACUGUGAGCUUAUAGUACUUGAAAUCCAUUACAGGAUUUUUUUUUUGUAAUAAUCAGUUGUAACUCCACAAAGACAAUAAUACUGCUGUGGAAGACCAAAGGGGAGAAAAGCCAUUUCAAUUUAUUUACAGUUCCUUAUUUUGUAAACAUUUACUCUACACAUUGUACUAAGUUCUAAGAAGGAUAAAGAGAUAUACAUAGAGACAGGAAACAGAGCCCUGUUUUUCUAUUCAUAUUGAGCAUUAGCAUAUUAUGGAUGAAACAUCUGCCCUUUCUCGUUACCAUAGCAGUAAGCUGUCUUCAAAUAAGUUUUUUUUUUUUUUUUAACUUUCCAGAAAUGUAAAUAUUUUGAAA